AUGAAGUCCCUCGCCGCCCUCUCCACCCUCGUCGCCGCCGCGACCGCCGCCUCAGUCGCCGGCGCGAGCUCCAAGCGCGUGAGCUACGACGGCACCAAGGUCUUCCGCCUCUCUGUCGGAGACGAGGUCGACAGGGUCAAUGGCGUCGUCGACAAGCUCCAGCUGACGACCUGGAAGGGCGCCCCGAGAGCCGGUGCCUUCGCCGACAUCGUCGUUCCAGCCACCGAGGUCGAAUCGUUCAAGGCUGAGGUUGCCGGCAUGAACCUCACCACCAUGCACGAGGAUCUCGGCGCCUCAAUCGCAGAUGAGUCUGGCUUCUCUGUCUACGCUGUCGGCUCCGCCAACGCGACCUGGUUCAACUCGUACCACGCGUACGCCGACCACCUUCAGUUCCUCAAGGACCUGGUCUCGUCGUACCCCAGCAACGCCGAGAUCGUCACCUCGGGCUCCUCCCUCCAGGGCAACGCCAUCACUGGCAUCCACAUCUACGGCACCUCAAAGGGUACCAAGCCCGCCGUGGUCUUCCACAGCACCGUCCACGCCAGAGAGUGGAUCAGCACCAUGGCCAACGAGUACAUUGCCUGGAACCUCCUGAGCAAGUACUCCUCCGACACGGAGAUCAAGAGCUUCGUCGACAAGUACGACUUCUACAUCUUCCCCGUUGUCAACCCUGACGGCUUCAUCUACACCCAAACCACCAACCGUCUCUGGCGCAAGAACCGUCAGAGCACCUCCGGCAGCACCUGCAUCGGCCACGACAUCAACCGCAACUGGCCCUUCCAAUGGUCCGUCACCGGCGGUGCCUCCACCGACCCCUGCGCCGAGGACUUCAAGGGCCUCUCCCAGGGCGACGCCCCCGAGACCGCCGCUCUCUCCGCCUGGCUCGCAAAGACCAAGUCCGCCCAGGGCCUCAAGCUCUUCAUCGACUUCCACGCCUACUCCCAGCUCUUCAUGACCCCCUACGGCUACUCCUGCACCGCCGUCUCCGCCAAGAACACUGAGCUCCAGUCCCUUGCCAAGGGUGCCGUCGCCGCCAUCAAGGCUGUCCACGGUACUUCGUACCAGUACGGUCCCAUCUGCACCACCAUCUACAAGGCGACCGGCAGCAGUGUCGACUACGUCAACGAUGUUGUCAAGGCCGAUUACACCUUCACUCAGGAGCUUCGUGACACGGGUAACUACGGCUUCGUCUUGCCUGCUGCCCAGAUUGUGCCUACCAGCGAGGAGACCUACGCUGGUGUCCGCUACUUGCUCCAGAACAUGAAGUAA